GAUAAAAAAUGCAGAUCUUUGUGAAGACCCUGACUGGCAAGACCAUCACUCUGGAGGUGGAGCCCAGUGACACCACUGAGAAUGUCAAGGCUAAAGUCCAGGACAAAGAGGGCAUUCCCCCCGACCAGCAGAGGUUGAUCUUUGCCGGCAAGCAGCUGGAAGAUGGUCACACCCUUUCCAACUACAACAUCCAGAUGGAGUCCACUCUGCACUUGGUCCUGCGCCUGAGAGGAGGCUGUUAG